AUGAUUCGGGCAAUCAGCAAAAUCGGUGAACUGGCCGAAUCAGAGAACGCCAUCACAGUCUCACAGUCUCACACGGCCACACGGGUUUGUUGUCGAGCAGUCACCUCCGUCGCGCAAUCACCUCCUUCGACCAGUCACCUCCGUCGCCCAGCAUCCGUCGUUCGUUGGAACAACCACCUCUAUCGCGCAGCAGCCGUCGUCCCUUCGAAGGUGCUCCACCACUACUUGGUUCACUUGGCGUCGCUGUCUCUCACUCUCCCUAUUGCAAGUUCUGUUGAAGCCUUGAAGGUGCCUUCGAGCUUCCAGAGUUCCAGGAUUUCAUUCAAUGUGGUUAUGUCACCCUUUUUUCAAGAUAUGUUGGAUAGUGUUGCUGGCAUUGGGCCUGGUUAUAAAGGUCCUUCUUAUGAUACAUUGAGGGUUAACUUAUUAGCCGAUCUCAAAAGGGAGUGUCAAAUGGUUGUUGAUAGCUAUAGGUCUGCUUGGAAGGAAACUGGAUGUACUCUCAUGGCUGAUGAGGUAAUUGAAUGGAUUGGACCUGAUAAUAUUGUUCAUGUAGUGACAGAUAAUGCCGCGGAUUAUGUUGCUGCUGGUAGGCUUAUUAAUAAGAAAUUUGAAAAUAUUCACUGGUCACCUUGUGUUGCUUAUUGCUUGAAUCUUAUUCUAAAAGAUAUAAGCAGCAUGCCACAUAUUUCUAACCUUGCAAGACGUGCUUCGAAGAUUACCGUGUUUGUGUAUAAUCAUACAGUGUUCUUGUCCUGGCUAAGACAAAGAACUGAUUGGAGGGAGAUUGUUCGUCCAGGUGCAACUCGUUUUGCUACUGUCUUCAUCACAUUGAUGAGUAUCUUUAAACGCAAAUCGGAUUUACAAUUAUUGGUUGUUGAUACACACUUUACCAGACACAAAUUAGGAAUGAGUGCUAAUGGUAUAACUGUGAGUGCAAUUAUCCUAGACAAUAAAUUUUGGAAUGAUUGUUUUACUGCAUGCCAAAUUGUGAGUCCGUUGAUUAAAUUGCUGAGGUUGGUAGAUGCCGAUGAUAAACCAUCAUUGGGAAUUGUUUAUGAAGGUAUGCUGAGAGAAGCACCUGAUGUCAUGCGAGCUUUACUUGAUCUUGUUACAUUGCAUUGCAAGGUUAAUAAUUUAGAUUUAGUUGAGGCAAUGAAAGAAAUACACUUAUAUAGAGAUCGAAAGGAAAGCUUUGAUAGGCCUGAAGCUGUUCCAGCUGCAAAAAAACUUCAACCUGAUGAGAUUGAUGCUGAUUUAGAUCAAGGUGGUGGUGGUGGUGGUAGUAGUAGUAUAUUUUAUGUUGCACCACUUGCUUUUUCUGGUCCAAGUAGUGGAAAUGAAGGUGAUGAUAUCAAUGACGCAAAUCUGCAGUAA